AUGAUUUAAUACGCUACAUCAUAAUAUUGCGCUCUUAUGCGUGCACGUGAACGUGCAUUAUGUGACUUUGGGACGUAGAGUUCAUGCGGUGCAUUACUGUAUCUCUUUUCUUCUUUUGAAUUUGAAUCACUCACCAUUUUUAAAAUACUUCGGAUUCCGAUUUGAAUGGUGUGCUACUUCCACCGUGACUGACACAGUAGCGUCAAAUUUUCAAAACUCCUUCCCUCUCCUCUUCUCCCUCCCCCCUUCUCUCUCUCUCUCUCUCUCUCUCCGCCGCUUAACCCCUAAUCUCUACCGCACCUCUCUCCCAAAACCCUAACCCCCCACUCUGAAACCGACGCAGCCAUGGCGGCGGUGCCACAGGUCGCCGGGCGAGAGCUAUCCAAUCCGCCGUCCGACGGCAUCUCGAGUCUCCGCUUCUCCAACCACAGCGAUCACCUCCUCGUUUCCUCCUGGGACAAGACUGUUCGGUUGUACGACGCGAGUGCCGACGUUCUGAGGGGGGAGUUCACGCACGGAGGUCCUGUGUUGGAUUGCUGCUUCCACGACGAUUCUUCCGGGUUCAGUGCUAGUGCGGAUAAUGCUGUCAGGAGGCUUCUUUUCAACGUAGGCAAGGAGGAUAUUUUGGGAAAGCAUGAUGCACCUGUGCGAUGUAUUGAAUAUUCAUACGCAACAGGGCAAGUGAUCACUGGUAGUUGGGACAAAACACUGAAAUGUUGGGAUCCUAGAGGUGCAAGUGGGCAAGAGCGCACCCUUGUUGGGACAUACACACAACCAGAGCGUGUCUACUCUUUGUCCCUUUUUGCCAAUCGUUUAGUCGUAGCAACUGCAGGAAGGCAUGUUAAUGUGUAUGAUUUACGGAACAUGUCUCAACCUGAGCAGCGAAGAGAAUCUUCAUUGAAAUACCAAACCAGAUGUGUGCGCUGUUAUCCCAAUGGAACAGGUUAUGCUCUUAGUUCUGUGGAAGGUCGGGUUGCAAUGGAAUUUUUUGAUCUUUCUGAGGCUGGUCAGUCCAAAAAGUACGCGUUCAAGUGUCAUCGAAAGUCUGAAGCUGGAAGGGACAUUGUCUACCCAGUAAAUGCUAUUGCAUUUCACCCAAUCUAUGGUACAUUUGCAACCGGGGGUUGUGAUGGUUAUGUCAACGUGUGGGAUGGAAACCAUAAGAAGAGGUUGUACCAGUACUCAAAGUACCCAACAAGCGUUGCAGCCUUGUCAUUCAGCAGAGAUGGCCGACUGUUGGCUGUGGCAUCCAGUUAUACAUUUGAAGAGGGAAAGAAACCUCACGAACCAGAUGCAAUUUUUGUUCGAAGUGUAAACGAAGUUGAAGUGAAGCCAAAGCCAAAAGCCUACCCCAAUCCUACCGCAUAAAUGGUAACUGCAGACAACGUAGCUAUCAUUAAAAUGCCUGGCUUCAUCUUUCCAAUGAAGCUUCCUAAAUCCAAGCACGUAGACUGAUCACUAGUACAGUAGUUGCUGUUCAUUUUUGUAAGUUCACAUCUUUGUGACAGUGUAGUGUAGCAUUGCUACUUAUUUCUCGACCCAACAGAUCCUUAUUUUACUAGGUCUCAUGGAUUCAUUACAUUGCUGGAUGUUUUGAAUUGCCCUGUUUGAGAAUUCAUAUGUAUGACGAUUUGUUUAGGUUACCUGACUAAUGUGUCGUGCCCCAAGUUUGUUGAUUAAAGGAGUAAAUUAAAGUCUGGAAAA